AUGAAGCUGUGUGCCGCUCUGAGAUGGACAGUCAAGCUGCUGGUUUUCUACCUUGUGUUGGGAACGGCUGUGCUGUUAAACCCAGAAGAUCCUAAUGUCUGUAGCCACUGGGAAAGUUAUGCUGUGACAGUGCAGGAGUCCUAUGCUCAUCCUUUUGACCAGAUCUAUUACACGCGCUGCACAGACAUCCUGAAUUGGUUCAAAUGCACAAGGCACAGGAUAAGUUACAAGACAGCCUACCGUCGAGGUUUGAGGACCAUGUAUCGCCGGAGGUCACAGUGCUGCCCGGGAUACUAUGAGAGUGGAGACUUCUGUGUCCCACUCUGCACAGAGGAAUGUGUACAUGGCCGGUGCGUGUCGCCUGACACCUGUCACUGUGAACCUGGCUGGGGAGGUGCAGACUGCUCGAGUGGGUGUGACAGUGAGCACUGGGGCCCACACUGCAGUAACCGCUGCCAGUGUCAGAAUGAGGCACUGUGUAAUCCUAUCACAGGUGCCUGUGUUUGCUCAGAGGGGUACAGAGGCUGGCGCUGUGAAGAUUGGUGUGACCCAGGCACCUACGGCAAAGCCUGUCAGCUGAGAUGCCAGUGCAAGAACGGAGCAACUUGUAACCAUAGGACAGGGGAGUGUCAUUGUGCCCCCGGAUACACCGGAGCCUUCUGUGAAGAGCUAUGUCCACCUGGAAGUCAUGGGGCCUUGUGUGAGCUGCGCUGUCCGUGCCAGAAUGGUGGUGUUUGUCACCAUGUGACUGGGGAAUGCUCAUGUCCAGCAGGUUGGACGGGCUCUGUGUGUGCUCAGCCAUGCCCAUCUGGAAGAUUUGGGGUUAACUGCAGCCAGGAGUGCCAGUGUCAUAAUGGUGGGCAGUGUGAUCCUGUUACUGGAAGGUGUCAGUGUGCAGCUGGAUACACCGGGGAGAGAUGCCAAGAAGAGUGCCCUGUGGGUACCUAUGGUUUCCAGUGUGCAGAGAGAUGUGACUGUCAGAAUGGGGCAAAGUGUUACCACAUCAAUGGGGCAUGCCUGUGUGAGCCUGGAUUUAAGGGCAUUCUCUGCGAAGAUCGCGUCUGUCCUGAGGGUCUGUAUGGCCUCAAGUGCAACAAGAACUGCCCAUGUAACAUGACCAAUACCCGUGGCUGCCACCCUCUGUCUGGGGAGUGCACCUGCAGGGCUGGCUGGAGCGGCCUGUACUGUGAGGAACCCCUAGCCGUCGGAUUCUAUGGAGAAGGUUGUGAACUGCUGUGUUACUGUCACAAUGGGGCUGACUGUGACAGUAUGACAGGAAGAUGCCUCUGUGCGCCUGGGUUCGUCGGACACGACUGUUCUGCUCUGUGCGCACCAGGAACGUUUGGGCCUCACUGCUUGUCACUGUGCAGCUGUAAGAAUGGUGCUGCCUGCUCCCCAGUGGAUGGUUCCUGUGUGUGCAGAGAAGGUUGGCAGGGGAUAGACUGCUCUAUUCCUUGCUCUAGUGGCACUUGGGGACUAAACUGUAACCAAACCUGUCACUGUCUGAAUGAUGCAUCUUGCGAUCCAGUAGAUGGUAGUUGUUCGUGUGCUCCAGGCUGGAUGGGGGACAUCUGUGACCAGCCGUGCCCGGAUGGACUGUAUGGUUUGGACUGUUUGGAACAUUGUGACUGCAGUCAUGCGGAGGGUUGUGACCCAGUCACCGGCCACUGCCAUUGCCUGGCAGGGUGGACAGGUAUUUAUUGUGACAACAUUUGUGUACAGGGACGAUGGGGACCCAACUGUUCCAUGACCUGUCACUGUGAGAAUGGUGGCUCCUGCAAUCCUGAGGAUGGGACCUGUGAGUGUGCCCCUGGAUAUAGAGGAGCCCUGUGCCAAAGAAUUUGUUCACCAGGAUUCUACGGUCAUCAAUGCAGCCAGAAUUGCCCCCAAUGUGUUCACUGCAAUGGGCCUUGCCACCAUGUCACUGGACUCUGUGACUGCCUACCUGGAUUUUUUGGACCACUAUGUAAUCAAGUUUGUUCCAGUGGAAGAUAUGGAAGGGGCUGCACAGAGAUCUGUACCUGCAGUAACAAUGCAACCUGCAACCCUAUUGAUGGUUCAUGUCAGUGCUUCCCUGGCUGGAUUGGCAGUGACUGUUCUGACGAGUGUCCUUCGGGUCUUUGGGGCCCAGACUGUAUCCAUACGUGUAACUGCCAUAAUGAUGCGGAGUGCAGUGCGUACGAUGGAGAAUGUAAAUGCACAGCUGGGUGGACAGGUCUUUACUGUACACAGAGGUGCCCAACAGCUUUCUAUGGAAAAGACUGUGCCAAUGUCUGCCACUGCCACAAUGGUGCUGACUGUGACCAUAUCACUGGGCAGUGCACAUGUAGGACAGGAUUCACUGGAAAACACUGCGAGCAAAAGUGCCCCCCAGGGACAUUCGGAUACGGCUGCCGUCAGCUCUGUGAGUGUUUGAACAAUGCCACCUGUGAUCAUGUAACUGGAACCUGCUACUGCAACCCUGGAUUCAAGGGCAUACGCUGUGACCAGGCUGCCUUGAUGAUGGAGGAACUAAAUCCCUACACCAAGAUUAGCCCAGCACACGGCUCCGAGAGGCACUCAGCUGGCGCAAUCAUUGGUGUUAUUGUACUGCUACUGAUUAUCAUGACACUGCUAGGACUCUUUUUAUGGUAUCGCCAGAGACAGAAAGACAAGGACCAUGAUAUGCCCAAUGUUUCCUAUACCCCAGCCAUGCGAAUUUCCAGCACAGACUACUCCCUCUCAGGUGCUUGUGAAACAGACAGACGUCAAAACACUUACAUUAUGGAAAAUGGCUUCAAAGAUUGUUUGAAAGAGUCAGGGUGCGGUUCCAGCACCUGCUCACUGAGCAGCAGUGAGAACCCUUAUGCCACCAUUACAGAGCCCACUGUGCUGUCCUACAAACACUCAGAGAGCAGCUACGUGGAAAUGACAUCACCUGUCCAUACAGAUGCCCCAUAUUCAGAUAUACCACCCUCAUCUAAAGCUAACAAAAAUGUUUAUGAUUUGGAGCCGACUCUCAGCUUGCUACAGGAAGCCCAGCAUCAGAUACCCAACUACAUGCAGAACCCAUAUGACCUUCCCCGGAACAGCCACAUACCUAGCCACUAUGACCUGCUCCCAGUGCGCCUCAGUCCCUCGCAUGGAACCUUCUGGGACAAGCAAAUGGAAAAGCAAUCGUAAAGGAAAUACAAAGAUGAAGAACAUACUCAUUCUGCAAUAUGCCCAUUUUAUGGGGUUGGGCGCAUGCAUGAUGUCAUUAGGAGACUUUUUUUUACGAAUAGGAUGUAUCUAUGGGGAAUUUGACUGUGUACUUGUGUAGAUAUACACUGUAUAUGAACUAUCCAUCAGCUGCUGCUGACCCACCCUAUAGUAUAUAUGUGACAGAGAUGAUAUCAUAUAGAGGAGUAACGUCCUGGUACCAUCAAAGAUGUCCCGUUAAGAGCAUUGCCAAACCAGGAUCCUCCAACUUAUAAUUACAUACAAUCACAGACACUGCGUGUAAAUACAUGUACAUAAAACAAAGAGAAAGAAGCCGUCACCAAGAAACUGUUUAAGACAGUUCACCUCCUAGGACCAUAACUCAAGUCACAAAGGCUGCAAGAUGAGGAGUUUGUCCAGAUGGAAAGUCCCAAGAACUUAAAACCUUGUUCUGUUCUGUUAUGCUUUUAAAAUAAACCAAUUCAAUGAUGUCAGUGAUGUAUUAUCAUAAAGAAUCCUGCUGAUUAACAGAUAAACUGCAAAGCAGAUGCAAGGAGUAAAUGACAAAUGUGUCUGCUGGCUUAGACCUUCUAAAGCAGGAAGACGUGAAGGUGCUAUCAAUGUCUGCAGUCUCAUGAGGGCGAGUAAAGCAAUUGUAGUCUGAUUGCUCUAGUGCCAAAGUUCUCCCAAAAUUAUAGCGUGCAUCAUUAGUAAAAUCAUGUCAGGCUUGUUUUCUUACCAUGGUAUUAAAAACAUUUCAUCUUUGGCUGUAUUUUUUUCUAUUAGUUUCAUGCAAAGACUAAAUCUGACCAAGAAUGUGUUCCUACUAUGCUAGAGAAAUGUAAAAUGUGUUUUUCUUCCUGUAGCAUAACCUUUUGUGUAUGUAUUUAGCAAGCGUGCAUCCACUCUUCAUUGUGAACAAAAUACAUGAAUUUACUGGAGCAUUACACGUGUGUGAUGUAGUAAGAAAACAUGACACAUACACAAUUCUUCUCUCCAAGUUACAGUUUUAAAAAAC